AUGGUGGUUCUUGCUGCUUCAAUAUGUACGCGAGGCGGCAAGCCGCUGCUCUCUCGCUCAUUCAGAGAGAUUCCCAAGUCUCGCAUCGAAGCCCUCCUCGCCUCGUUCCCCAAGCUCGCCGACUCCUCUACACAACACACAACCGUCGAGCAGGAGAAUGUCCGUUUUGUCUACCAGCCUCUCGACGAACUAUACCUCGUCCUCAUCACAAACAAACAGUCCAAUAUCCUCCAGGACAUUGACAGUCUACACUUAUUCGGCCAGGUGGUCACAUCCAUCUGUAAGAAAGCCGAGGAACGCGAAAUCCUGCGCAAUGCAUUUGAGCUUCUUUCCGCCUUCGACGAGCUCGUCACCAUGGGCUACAGGGAAAACCUCUCCCUGAGCCAAAUCAAGACCUUCCUUGAGAUGGAAUCCCACGAAGAGAGAAUUCAAGAAAUCAUUGCCCGUAACAAAGAGCUGGAAGCGUCAGAAGAGCGGAAGCGCAAGGCGAAACAACUCGAACUUCAGCGGAAAGAGGCUGCGCGGUCUGCUGCGUACGGCCGUGGCAUCGCGCCGAAGAUGCCUCAGCAACCUGUCUAUACACCGCCGACACGGCCAGAGAGCUCUUACGACAGCUACGAAGCUGAAAAGAACAAGACUUCCAACAAGUUCACGGCACGGUCCACAAAGGGUAUGCAGCUGGGCAAGAAAUCCAAGACGUCAAAUGCGUUUGCACAAGUUCAGCAGGAAAUAGGCACGGAAGAGAUACCCGCAGUUGAGCCUUCAGCGGAACUACCUGUCCGUGGCCUGCCUACCGCGAGCACUCAUGACGCAACGCUGUCCUCUCCUACUACACCUAUCCUGGUCACCAUUGCAGAGACAUUCUCGGCCAAACUUUCGCGCGAAGGCGCUCUGAAGUCUAUGGAGGUCAAAGGGGAUCUACAAUUGAAAAUCAGUGAUUCAGCCUUGACCAAGCUCGCCCUCUCCGUCCAAGCCGUCGAAGGCCCUCUGAAAGCCCAAUUCCGGACACACCCCAAUGUGGACAAGGGUCUCUUCACCAGUCAAAAGGUCAUCCAGCUGAAAGACACUACUAAGCGGUUCCCUCUCAACAACAGCAUCGGUGUUUUAAGAUGGCGCGUGACGGCCCCAGCAGACCACAGCACCGACGUCCUUCCUCUAACACUGACGGCGUGGGUCAACAAGUCGUCCUCCGAUGGCACCUAUACCAUCACAAUAGAGUACGAACUCACUAAUCCCGCCUCGACAACUCUCCGGGAUGUCACCCUUACCAUCCCUUACUCUUCGUCAGAACCCAGUGUUUCAUCCUUUGACGCGGUAUAUCAAGUCACAGGCGACUCAUUAGAAUGGACCAUUGGCGUCAUUGACGCCGAGACGAGCUCUGGCAGUUUCGAGUUUGAAGCCCAGGCCGAUGACGAUGCAGAAUUCUUCCCCAUGACGGUGAAUUUCGAGAUGAGCAGGACGUUUGUGGAUGUGGACGUGAUGGGAGUGAAGCUGUUAGAGGGAGGCCUGGAUGAAGAGGUGAACUUUGAAAAGGUGAUCAAGGCCCGGAGCGAAGGCUUUGCGAUUGAGUGA